AUGACCAUUCACCCCUUUGGCGUCACGUCUUCUCCCAGUUGUGUGAAUCUCGCGCUUCGUCAAGCCAUUGCUGAUAAUGCAGAAAGGUUCCCGAAACAUCUGAUCAACCUAGCUAGCGAGUGCUCUUAUGUCGAAGACUGCUUGUUCAGUGUGGAUACUGAGGAAGAAGCCAUAGGUUUGAUUGAUAACUUGAAGACUAUCACUUAUUCAGAUGGGUUCCGUUUGGUGAAGUGGAUUAGUAAUGAAGAGUGUGUCCUGAAACCCUUACCUCCAGAAGAACUAAGGUCUCCAAAAUCACAGCAUAUAAUUCAGUACGGUUGCUUGGAAAGUGCACUUGAUGUGGUGUGGAAUAUCACCAAAGACCGCAUACAAUUCGACUUGAAGGAAUUCGAAGGCAGCCCCACUCGAAGAAAGAUAUUAUCCUUCGCGGCCUCCAUCUACGACCCUUUGGGUAUCCUAGCACCAGUUUUACUUAAUCCAAAGCUGCUACUGCAGAAACUUGUCAGACAGAAAUUGGAAUGGGACGGACAGCUAUCUGAAGAAGAAAAUAAUAGCUGGAACCGAUGGCUACAGGAGCAAAAGGAGUUAAGCCGUGCAUCUAUACCUCGUUGUUUAACACCUAAGGGAUUGCGAAGGGUUGCUCUCCAACUAUACUGCUUCUCAGGUUCCUCAGAAGCAGCAUACGGGCGGCCGUGUACAUGUGAUGUGUGGGUGAGAAUGAAAGUCAUAUGCCUCCUAGUUCUCGGAAAGACCAGAGUCACUCCUAUACGGACUGUGUCUAUUCCUCGUUUGGAGCUCACUGCCGCUGCCUUAUUGACGCGACUUGCCACGCAAUUAGUCGAGAAAAUGCAUUUGGAACGCCCAGUGAUCUUUUGGACCGACUCCAUGAUAGUUUUGCAGCUUCUAAGGUGCUUGACGCGAUCUUCUCCGAGUAUCCAUGAUCCACCAGUGUUCACGUCCUGA